AUGCCUUCGAUUCGUGGUUUUGCAAGUCGUAUCUCGUCGCUGGUCCCAUCAUGUCGAAGACGCUAUCUUGAUCACACAGAUCAGCGUUCUCGGAGCUCUCACAGUGAGAAAAAGAAGUUGCCUGAACUAAAAUCAUAUACUAGUAGGACGAGGAGUGUGGAGAAACAGAAUUCUGAAGUGAAGGAAGAGCUGAAGGAGGUAGUAGUUGAAGAAAAGACAUUGUCAAAGUCUUCCAGUAUAUCUGAUAGUAUGGCGAUAGAUACUUUUGCGAUUCAGACAUCUGUAAGUUCUUUUAGCGAAGAUAAUAACUUGACCUAGGUAACGUUUGAUAUAAUUUAUGUACUUAGGAGUUUACGAUAAUGUUAGCUUAAAUAACAAUGUGGUAUGGUAAUUACUAUGCGGACAUAGUAAUGGCCAUAAAACACUAUGUUUAGUUACUGUUUUGUUUUAAAAGGGCGCUUUUUGUAGAAAUAAAUAUUUAUUAUGGCUUUUACCAUGAAAAACGAGAACAAAGUAUAGAUAGGGUAUUAUAAGAGCUGGCUUAUGUUGUUUAAUACUUGUUUUUGAUUACUCUUUUUAAUGAACCUGCCUUGCCGCCCCAAUUACCACCUAUAAAAACAUUAUCUUAUUCAUGAAGUCAGAAAUUGUCAAUUUGAUGUUCGAAAUAAGCACAAACUAUCAUUUAGUACCUUUAAAUGUGUUUUAGUGUCUUUAAAGUAAUCAAAAACAUGUUGGGUUAGAUAUUUCAUAGUAGGCCGCAUUUUACUAUGAAAUAAACUUGUACUAUAAUCUGUUUUAGACGCUUUAUAGUACCCAGUAUUUGUUAUUCUGAUUAGCUUUAAAAGUUUUAAAGUAAUCAUAUGCUUCAUAGUAUUAAUCUUGAUAACAAACGGUGACUUAACAUGCUUUCAGACGGUGGAAGAACAGGAUAUCAAGGAGAAGAUACCGGAAGUGCUGGUAAGUGCUGAGGUAACGAGUCAGGAUUUGGGGACGUCAAGGAUUAAAGCUGGAGAUGAGUUCGCGAAGAAUCCGGCCCUGGGGACCGUGUAAUUAGGGCCCAGAUGCAGAUGUUAAUGCCAAAUCCGCAAGAGAGUAAUAGCGAAGGUGUCGUGGAGAGUAAUAGAGAGGGGGAGGGAGGGAGGUUGAGAGAAGAAGAGUCAGGAAUUAUUCACGGCAACGUUUUCCCAACUCGCUGACCCUAUGCCGUACAGUAGCCAGCCAGGGGGACAGUGCCCGAGGACCGGUCGUGUCCUGUGCGCGGGAGCUGCCAAUGUACCGAGUAAGUGAGGGUAGGGAACGGUAAUUACCAUCUCCAUGUUCGGUUUGUAUCUUUUAUUGGGCCGGAUUUCGACGAGGCACGCGCUCUCGUUAAAGGGGUGGGACUGGCAGGUAAAUGAAUGGCCGACUGCGUCACAAGUGACACGACUAAGCGGAUCUCGCGGAUUCAAAAGGGUUGUCUUGAGGAUUCUGGGGCAGUCUUUAGUUGCCAGUUUGCAAUCGGCUUAUCUAUCUGAUAUGUAACUAGUUGAGGUUAGGCCGACAAUUGAAAAAUAUAAAUAGUUAGUAACUUAGCUUAUUGGAUCUAGGUUAAUAUCCGAAUUGAAGUUAGUUUAAAACUGAAUUUAAUUUUAACUUUAUGACUGAUUGAGUUUAACCUCACCUAACAUUCUGAAUUCAGGUUUACGCAAGCACGCCACAGUGUGAUUCACGAGCCUCAAGUCCUGUCAAAGAAGAAAUCCUAGCUACCGAAGCCGAACACGUGGAGCCGGAUUCUGGGUUCAACUCAUCAGCUACAGGAAAGGAAUCAGAAGCCAGCACGGAGACGCUUCACAACUCACAGAUGCCGCCAAUCGAGGCAAAGACCGAUUCACAAAAUGGAGCCAAUCAGGUAGGUCUUAUUGUGCCUAAAAGUUGUCUUGUUGCUGAGAAAGUUGCUGAAGUUGUCGUUAUGGCAACAUGGCAAACUUUUGUUUUUGAAAUUUAUUUUUAAAAGUUAAGCUUCAAAGUGCUUAUCUAAUGUUUUUUAGGUAGUUAUAGAAAAGGUAAUUAAAAUUUUGAGAAAAAUAAUUUUUUGCAAAAACUGGUAAUUGUUUGGUACUUUCUUAAUCACAAGAUGAUCGUAUUUCACUGUAAAUGGCUGUUACGUCUUCUUGUUGCCGCAUGUUUGAGCUAUUUACACCGCUCUAUUGGCACACUUUAGACAUCAUAAAUUACCAUUUUCGGACAUUUUUAAUUUUAAAUUGCACGUGGUGCUGAGGACAAAGGAAAACAGAAGAAUAUUAAUUCUGGAGUAUAUUGCUUUAGUUCUCUAUUGUAAUUCUCUUGGCAUCCUUGCAAGUUUUCUUGUAGUUGGAGGUCUACAUAUUAUAUUUUUAAGCAGACUUGUCUCUCCUUCACUAUCACUCAGCCAUGCACAAUAUAGCUGUAAGUGUAGAUGGCUGUUGAUAUUAUUGUGAGCUUUGAGCAUGUUUUUGAAAGUGUAUAGUUAUGUUAUUUUGAAAGACAUAAGACAUGUUCAUUUUUAAUUGUUUACACUUUGCUCUUAAGCUGUAAAUUUGAUUAGAAAAGGGUAAUAAUCUGGGGAAAAUUACACUCAUCUUCACAUAGGUUGGCUCUGUUAAUCUUCAGAUUGCCAUUCAUUUCUAGUCGGCGGAGAGUCUAGAGCAACUUUUGAAUUGAGACUAUUCGGAGGGGUAAAAAGGGGCUAUAAUACUGUAUUUUAAAAUUACUUAAGUUUAUGACAUGUUUUUAUAAUGUAACAGCCUGUUAUAUAUUUUGGUCAAAAACUUUGUAGAGUUUAAAAAAAUUUUUUUAAAAUUUUUCGGCCGAAUGUAAAUAUGGAAAUAGGAAGAAGAAGUAGACGCUACCACCAAAUCCUUGGAUUAACAAACUUAUAAAUAUUAUUGUAGUUACGAAACUCGACCAGCAGUCCGCUUGGGGGCUAUCAGCGACAAAAGUCGAAUUCGUCGGAAGCGGAGCGACGCCGUCAACGUCGCCUUCAGAUGCCAUUAAUGUACAGGAUGUACGAGAGUCAGGUGGGUUAUAUUUACUUUACUGUCUCUAGAACUACUUUUUAAAGAUGAGUUAUGGUUACUUUACUAUCAUUGUUUUACAUUGUAACAUUUUUGACAGUUACUAUAACAACGACUGCUUAAAAUGGCAACUUCAGUCAUUGUUAAUUGUUACCAUUAAAAGCUUAAAUUUUAUUUUUAACAAUAGUAAUGAUUUUAAAAAGUAACGUUAAAUGCGAUAUUAUAAGGUAACAUGGUAAUUAUUUAAGUGGUACUAUUGUUGCUAAGUAGUAGUGUUGCUUUUAUGUGUUAUAGUACAAUGUAAAGUGUUAGAGGAUGUUAUUAAGAGUACAAGUUAAAGAGUUUUAAGGCCAAUUGUAAAUGUAAUUGUUACUUAAAAUGUUGGUUUAGUUAAAUAGUUUUACCUUGAUGACUUUACUCAUACUACAAUAAAAUCGUACGUUCAACGACAUAGCCGUGCUGUUGUGAAACAGUUAAUUAGUAGUCUUGUGUCAUUUACAUUGUAGUAAUCGAAAGUUGUUUAUGGUAGUGUUAUCUAAUUGUAGAGUAAUAUUAUAUCUAAUAUUAAAAAUAUUGCAAUUACUUUACUUUGUAAACUUAAAAUUGUAUUCUAUUAACUUUAACAACUUCUCUAUAUUACUGUAAUAGCUGAAGUUAUAUGGCUGUAAGCUUUCAGAGUGAAGAUGUUCGUGGCACGGUGAAGGGUCCAGAUGACGAUUCCUUCAGACCAGAGGAGGCUAGCAAACGCCUGAGGGCAGCGUUAGGGGGAGGACUUCGUAAGUCAUCAUUUCGUGUUAAUUGAUAUUGUUGUAGCUGUAGAAGCCGACGACAAAGCGAUAAUGCAAGUGUUACUGUCACACACCAACUUCCAGCGACAGAAGAUUGUAGCUGCUUACGAAGGAAUGUUCAAUAGGGUAGGUCUAGUUCCAUAUAUAGGGUAAAUAUCGUACUAUAUAAAGAGUAGGUAUUGUACUGUUUAUAUAGGUAUAGUACUAUUGAGGGGUUAAUGUUGCAAAAGUGCAUGAACUCACUAUUAACUAGCUACUACAAGUACUAUCUAAACAUACAUCUGUUUCGACAGAUUUAAUGUACGUUUUGGCUAACUCUGUAACUGGAAUUCGAAAGAUUAUUUUUCGUACAGUGCUGUAUGUUAUGUAUAAUACUGCGGAGGUGCUUCAUUAUAAAAGUCGGAUUAAGAGUAACAUAACUUUCGUAACAAUAUUACGUAGCCAAUGUAAUCUCUAGUUUAAGUUUUUCUAAAAGCUCUUUAUCUAAAUUGUAUCAAAAUUAUAUUGUAGUACACAGAAUACAGAUAUAGUGAACAUUAUUGUUAUUUUAGGUAACAAAAAGUUAAAAUCACAGGAUUAAUGUUAAUAUUGUUUCAGAAGUUGUCUGACGACAUUGAAGAAGAAGUUGGGGGCUUCUUUCUUGAUGCUACCUUGGCUCUACUGCAGCCAGCACAUGUUUACUCAGCUCGUAUCUUGCACAACAGUCUAUCGAUUCGGUCGGUCAACCGGUCGAUUGCUGUGGAAAUCGCUCUCACUAGCUCGUCUUCGGUAAGUUUCAUCUUGUGUUUGUAGUAUUGUCUCUAAAUACGUUGUUGCAUUGUACUCUCACGGUACUUUUUUGCUUGCAGAGUAAGACAGUACGUAUACAAGAGUUAUGUUAGGCUGAACUUAAGGUUGAUAAUGUAUAUUUUAAGAUUAAAAAACAUGUCAAUGUUCACACAUGGCAUAAAUAUAGUUAUGGAGGCAGUAAUUAGCUCUAUUCAGGUCGAGUCUCUCUAGUACGUGACAUUAACGAGCCAACAUUCGGGUGGUCAUUUAGGUUAUUUAUUGGCAAGAAUACGAGUAUUAGAUGUCCUUUUCAUAUUACCUUUUCAAAACAAUACCCACAUCUUCUUUAACUACAUAAUCGCUUGAACAUACGAAAUAUACGCUUUAACAUACGAAGUAUAAUAACUUUUUAACACAAUAUAGGCUUGUUUUACAAUAAUUUUUUGAGUUUUAUAUGAUAAUCAUAACAUAACAGCAGUUAUCCUACCUUGUUAUUUAUGUUUAUAUUAUAUUGCACAUGCUGUCUUUACCAUACUUUAAUGAUGUUGUUCUUUUCAGCAACUGAAGGUGAUUAAAGACGCCUACUUUAACGAGUAUCAUGUGAGUUUGGAGAAGGACCUUGGCCUGAAGGUGGAGGGACUGUUUGGCAAGAUGUUACAACAUGUUUUACUACGUAAGAGCGACCCUACUGACGAUGUGGACAUCGAAAUGGCAGAUAAUGCGAUCGCUGAGGUCACAAAGGUAGGCUUGGCAGUAGUUUCUAUAAUCUUGGUAUAGCUAAUAUUAACAUCGAUUAUCUUAUUAUUGGUAAUAUAAUAGUAAGUUUGAUAUCUUGGCAUGGAUAAUAUAAGUAACAGAAGUCAUAAUCUUUAUUCUGAAGUGUCUUCUAGUAAUCUGCUUAGUUUUAACGUAAAUUUAGCCAAACUUUACAUUGUAAAGUGUGUUGGUAAUUUCCUCAACUUCGCUUUGUAUGUAUAUAUUAUAGUAAUCUUGCUGAUUAAGUAUGAGUGACAAUAUUAGCUCACUCUUAAGUUGUAUAUGGCAUUAUCUGCCCUAUAACGAUAAAUAUUAUAUUUUCUUAUGUAUUAACUAUGUUCGUAUCUUGAGCUUACGUAGUACAGUCUUUACGCUUUAUUUAUUAAGUAUACUAUUCCCUCACUUUUUAUGUAUUAGCUACUGCAGUAUCUUACUCUUUAUGUAUCACCUAUAGCAGUAUCUUACUGUCUAUCUACAAUAAUAUUAGUAUUGUGGCAGAUUAAGUUGUUUAAUCGCUCAAGUCUUACACGUAACUUCUGUUUUCCCUCGGGGGAUUUGUGGGCUUAAGUUGCAUUCAGAUUCAUUAGAAUACGAUAUUAGACACUGUUUACUGUGGUGACUACCUUACCGGAUAUUCCCAUUGGAAAUGUUACAAAACAUAUACAAGAUUAAGAUACGUUACUUGUAAAUUUUAAAUUGAAUAGGCUUAAUAUGGCUUUGUAGAUGUCAAUUUGUUAUGGUAGUCUUAAGCAGCAAUACAGUGCUUAACUUGUUUCAUAGUACUAUAUAGCACUAUGAUCUUGAAGUGUAUGAAAGAUAUCACUUUUUUGAUAAACGACAAAAAAUCAAAAAGAUAUGACAUAACGUGAUAAGACUUAAGUUAAAUACAACCAUAUCAUGCAAUAUCACUAUACAAUUCACCGUCUUUCAGACAGAGCACGGUGUAGAAGAAAUUGGCCGGAACCUGGACUUGUUCUCCAGAAUCUUCGCCAAUCAAGGCUUGAAUCAGAUUCGCUGCUUUGUCGACAGAUUCGAUGUUAAGAUGAACAGCGCUCACCAAAGUAACGAAACCAUAUCAGAGAAGGCGAAGGACUUCGAGUCGAUCGUACGAAAGAGUACCACGAUACACUCUGAGGUCAGACAGAUGAUGUUGAUGUACACCAAGAUAGCCAGGAACAUGCAGUUGUACUUCGCCGAGAGGAUUCACGAAGCCAUUUCUGGCACGAGGCCCGAUCACUCAGCCAUUAUCAGAAUCUUGGUCACCAGAAGCGAAGUAAGUUGUAUUUAAGGUGUUUUAUAUGUACGUAGAGUACUGUGACGUUUAAAAUUAGUUUAAAAGUUACUGAAGAUUGUAAAAUUGAUACAGUUACUGUAAAAAGCAUUUAUGUCUGUUUAGGUCAGUUAAAGUACUAGUUUUAAAAAUUUUACGAAAGUACAAUAAUUACAGUAAUCACCUUAACUUUUUAGUACAAUACCAACUAACAUAACAUCUUAAUAACUAUGUUCUUUUUUAGAUUGACUUACACGACAUCUGCGACGAGUACAAGAAGAAGUACGGUCGGCACGUGGUGCUGGACCUUCAGCAGACCUGUAGCGGCGACUUCCUCCGCCUUCUGAAUCUGCUCGUGGUGCCCGUGGAGCACAACGAUGACGUGUUCUCCUGA